AUGAGCACCGAGACCAAUUCCAGCGCCAGAAUCAUUAUCAGACCAUGCGGAGCUUGUAGAUACUUACAAAAGAAAUGUCUCAACAAUUGCAUAUUCGCACCUUACUUUGAUUCUGAUCAAGGAACCGCCAAUUUCGCGUCGAUUCAUAAGAAAUUUGGAGCAAGCAACGUUACAAAACUUCUAACAAAUAUUCCGAUCGACAGACAGCCCGAGGCAGUUAGGACUUUAAAUUAUGAAGCUCAUUCUCGUCUCCAAGAUCCUAUUUAUGGUUGUGUAUCUCAAAUCUUUGGUCUCCAGAAUCAGAAUGCGUGGUUGCAAGCCCAAGUAGCCAGGCAACCGCCACCUCAACAGCCACCUCAGCAACAGCCACAGUCUUCUCUGUCCAUGUCAGACUACCCAUUGGUUGGCGGCGCCACCUAUGACAUGGCACCUCUCUUUGAGUUUGAUCCUAAUAUUGGAUCAUCUCAUCAGCAGCAGAACAGAACCCAUUCACCGGAGCUCCGGUAG